AUGGAAAAAUAUAAAAUAGGUCCCACAUUAGGUGACGGAACAUUCGGCGUUGUCCUAAAAGCCACCUAAAUUUAAACCGGUCAAUAAAUAGCUAUAAAAAAGAUGAAAUAAAAAUGUCCAAAAUGGCAAGACUGUGUAAACCUUCCCGAAAUAUCAUCUUUAUAGAAAUUCCAUCAUCCCAAUAUAGUAAAUUUAUACGAAAUAAUAAAGGAAAAUAGCGAACUAUAUUUUAUCUUAGAAUAUAUGGACCGUAAUUUAUAUUAAUUAAUGAAAGAUCGUCAAAAGCCCUUUUAAGAAAUUUAAAUAAGAAACAUCAUAUAUUAAACUUUAUAAGGUCUAAAUUAUAUUCAUAGGCACGGAUAUUUCCACAGAGAUUUAAAACCGGAAAAUCUUUUGGAGUCCUAAGGAACUAUUAAAAUUGCAGAUUUUGGUUUAGCAAGAGAAAUUAGGUCUAAACCACCUUUUACAGAUUAUGUCUCUACUAGAUGGUAUAGAGCACCUGAAAUUAUUUUAAGAGCCCCAAAUUAUAAUUCCCCAAUAGAUAUAUUUGCAGUUGGGUGCAUUAUGGCUGAAUUGUAUAGAUUAUGGCCUCUUUUUGCCGGAUAAUGUGAAAGAGAUCAAAUUAAUUAAAUAUGUAAAGUUUUAGGUACCCCAUGUAAAGAAGACUGGCCAGAAGGUUAUAAAUUAGCUGCUAAAGUAGGAUUUGUUUUCCCUUAAUUUAAAGCUUAAAAUUUCUAAGAUCUUAUUCCUAAUGCAUCUCCUGAAGCUAUUGAUUUAAUUUAAUAAAUGUUGAGAUAUGCGCCUUAGAAAAGACCUUCGGCUUAAAAAGCACUUUAACAUAAAUAUUUUAUGUGUAAUUUACCAGUUUAAAUUGAUGAUUUUAAAGUAAAUAUUAUUGAAAAUGAAGAUGGGAGUAUACUUAUUGAUAAACAGAAUUUUAUAUAAAAUAAUAAUUUUGAGAAAGAUAAAGAAAACAUAAGUCAAUAAAAUAAAAAUAUUCUCGGAAAUAAUAGUAUUGACAAUUUUAUUAAAGAUUUAUUAGAAGAAAGUAAAAUUGCUCCAAAUGAAUCGAAGAUAGACCAAAAUAUGUAUGAAAGACAUAAAUAAUUAAUGAAAAAUACUAAAUAUAGGCCAGGUUAUAUUUUUUAAUGUUAAUGAAGAAUUAUAAAUUUAAUUAGUUAUUUUUUUUAAAAAAAAUUUGAUAUAUAAAAUUUAUUUUA